UGAUCGUCUUUGUGAUAAUAUUGAGAGCAUGACUGGACAUAAGCCAGUGUUCUUAAUAAAGUAUUGUUGGAAGUACCUCACCCCUCUAUGCUGCACAGGUACAUUUAUCUUCUCUCUGAUCAAAUUCACUCCUCUGAAGUUUAACAAUGUUCUUGAAUACCCCUGGUGGGGCUAUGCUAUUGGUUGGUGGUUCACGCUCUCUUCAACUCUGUUGGUUCCUCUUUGGAUGAUCGAUGCGCUGCUCACGUCUAGUGGCUCAAUGAGACAGAGACUACGUGCUCUCUGCACCCCAGCAAGUAACCUGAGGUAAACACUAUGCAACUGGAAGCUAUGGGGGAUUUCUUACCCAAUUACAAAGGCAAGGACAUUCCUGAAGCACAAAGGGUAAUAGUUAUCAACCAUGCAUAUUUCAAAAAUACACUUUUAAAUUGGCCUAUGGCCUCUCCUCAGCUGGAAAUGCUGUGACAGUGUUUGAUUACGUUUUUGUCAUUAAAUUGUGAAUAUUGUCUGUAAAAAAAAAAAAAGAGAGAAAAAAGAAAACUAAAUUGUAGACAAAUUGCUGUUUGUAAAUGUGUAGAGUACAUUUUGCCAAUUUAAACAAUAAAGGGAUGGGGGGGGUGUAAAUGGAUCAGAAUGAGAACACGACUUUUAUAAACGUGGCUUAUAUUCUUCAAUAAUUGUAUUGGAGAAGUGCUUUAUGCAUGAACUGUGGCUUCAGUCAUUAUAAAAUUAAUGACUAUUACAUUAUUACUGCAAUCAUUCCUUCCAUCCAUCCAAAAAAAUCCAUUAUCUAUACCACUUACAGUGGUGCUUGAAAGUUU